AUCAUUAUCAAAUAUCAUGAUCAACUAUUUAUUUAUAUUCAGUUCCUGUUGUUCAACUACACUUAACCCUAUAGGCUAAGGUUCCUUUUGACUAACUAAGCCAUGGACACUCGGACGGAUCCCCUGAGGCCACGCUUGAUGAAACCCAAAGAGAAUCCUCAAUGGGCGGAGGUGCCAAGCAAUGACACCGGGCAAAAUGAUUCGCAGAACACCUUUGAAGGAGAACGUAUCACCGGAGAACCACCAACUGAUGAAGAUUUGGUGAACUUUGAGGUUGGGCGCUGUGAAGGGUGCAUCAAUGAGAGUGCCAAAGUACCUCCAAACCUGGUGGCCAAAUUUGCAAUUUCCAAGAGAAAGAAGGAGGGCUUUGUGGUCACUGCAGGCUCUGGGGAGAUGCUGAACUUCAAACUCGCUGAAGGUGGAUUGGAAGGUAAGUUUCCUUUUUUCCAUGCUCUUGUUCACUGCAGCAGUUUCUUGAGAUUUGAAGCUUUAAUUUAUGUGGAUCUUUACAAGCUGAAGGAACAGAAUGCAAGACCAUCGGGCCAUGCUUCUUCUGUUAGAUUUCCUGCCUUACCCUUGGAUUUCCUCAGGGGAACUAUAAAUCACUACUUGAAGGGUUGGAUAUGCUGGGUCUAUCUCUUGUUGCCUUGGGUUUUUAGUCUCUUCUCUAUGCUCUGUUUUGCUACCUUACCCUUUGGGAGAAUGAUUAUCGCCGCCUCUCCUAUUUUCAAAGCUCUUGCCAUUGUUGUUGGUGCUCGAGCCUAGGUCUUCAGCCUUUCUCAUAGUGGCCUUAGGCACCUCCGCACUAGAGUAUUGAUGCCACUGGGCGGCUCAGCCCCGCCACGACCAGCUACAAUUUCAGAUCGACAAAUCCCCUCCGCAUUAAAGGAUAGUUGGCGCU